GUUCAGUUAACCCAGUAUACCUAUUAAUUAAAAUUAAUUAUUAUUAAAUAAUAAUAAUAAAGUAGGUAAUUUUUUAUUAUGGUGUUACAUAAUUUUUUUUGUAUCUCAAACAAAAUCGCAGUGAUAUUGCGUACAGAAAAAUUACACAAAAUGGCAAAUGUUGCAUUCCAGAGUAAUCUGUAUAAUACAAAUAAUGUUAUUAAAACUCAAGUACGUUUAGCUUAUAACGAUUUCAAAUUUCCAAAUUAUAACAAUGAUCGUCGUAGCUCUGGAAAGAAUCCUACUAUUCCUAACCGUGACACUUACGAAAAACGUAAUGCAUUCACUUAUGUGGUACUAGGCACUGCAGCCACUGGCUCAUUAUUUUGCGCUAAGGCAAUUGUACAUAAAUUUGUCUUAUCGAUGGCACCAGCAGCUGAUGUUUUGGCUAUGGCUUCAAUAGAAGUUAACCUUAGUGAAAUACCUGAAGGCAAAAAUGCAACCAUUAAGUGGAGAGGAAAACCUCUAUUUGUAAGACAUCGUACUGCUGCGGAAAUUGAAACUGAGCAAAAUACGUCUUUGAUUGAAUUAAGGGACCCAGAAGAUGACUCUGUGCGAGUACAAAAACCGGAAUGGUUGGUUAUCAUUGGAGUAUGUACUCAUUUAGGCUGUGUACCAAUUUCUAACGCAGGAGACUGGGGUGGUUAUUAUUGUCCAUGUCAUGGAUCACAUUAUGAUGCAGCUGGUAGAAUUCGCAAAGGACCAGCACCAACAAAUAUGGAAAUACCACCUUACAUAUUUUUAGACGAAAAUACACUUCUUGUUGGUUAAACUAAUUAAAUUCAUUUAUUCAUUUGUAUUGUUUAUUCAUAUUGUAAUUGUAUUGAUUUAAGAAAAAUAUUUUACUUAUUCAUUGACAUUAUUUCUAAUAAUCUCUAAUACUAGUUGUUUUUUUUUUUAUUAAAUAUUAAAAAGUUCUAAUAUAUAACAAAAAUUGCCUACCCCUUUUAGCUGAGCUUGUAGUGGGGUAGGCAGUUAAAUAACAAUCAAAAAUUAUGACUUAACUAUAAUAGGUACAUACUACAUAUAUACUAAAUAUACAUAUUUAUCCAAUAGAUUAAAUAUUAGAAUUAUUCAUACAUUUUUUUUUUUUCAUCAAUUGGAUAAUAAACAGAC